UAGUGCCUUUUGCUUUCCCCUUCCAAUAUAUCUCCAUUUCACUAAAUACUUAUUGUCUUCUCUCUUCUUUUCUUUUACUUACUUUCUGUCUCCUGCUUCUAGGGUUUCUCUCUCAAAAUCCAACUACAAAAUUUUUUUAAUUCAUUUUUACUUCUAUUAAAGCACCUAUAGGGCUACCAUGCUUUUGAUGUUACAAGAAUCAAGGUACAUAGCUUGAAAGACUUUGCACUACCAAAAGGAAAUUUUAAGGUGGAAUGUCGGAUAUCAUUUUAAGGCUUUUACCAUGAAUCAUAGUAGUAGUAAUCACUUACACAGAACAGAAAUUAUGGCUUCUUCCAGCAGCUACUCCAACCCUCCAUGUGCUGCUUGCAAAUUCUUGAGAAGAAAAUGUUUGCCAGGUAAUUGCAUAUUCGCUCCCUAUUUUCCUCCAGAAGAGCCAACAAAAUUCGCCAAUGUACACAAAAUAUUUGGUGCGAGCAACGUAAGUAAACUCCUAAAUGAAAUCCAACCUCACCAGAGAGAAGAUGCAGUAAAUUCUCUUGCUUAUGAAGCCGAAGCACGUAUGAAAGAUCCAGUUUAUGGUUGUGUUGGAGCAAUUUCAGUUUUACAAAGACAAGUUAUUCGCCUUCAGAAAGAACUUGAUGCUACGAAUGCUGAUUUAAUGCGAUAUAUUAAUCCGUCUGGAGGAAUCAUGAAUCAUCAACAGAGGAGUAAUUUGAAUUAUGGGAGAAUAACGGGUCCUGUUGAUGGAACAACUACUGGAUUUGAUCAAAAUUAUGGGUUUUGUAUUCCAAAUUAUUCUCCUAAUACAUGGAACAAUACUACCAUUUCAGGUAAUCAUAACCCUGAGGGAGAUGAUGAUAGUAGCAUGUGAUCAAUUAUGUCAUCCAAUAUUACGAUUAGUACGUAUUUAUUUUGUGUUAUUUCUAUAGCUAUUACUUGUUAAUCAAUAUUGCUAAUUGCUCCCUUUUGAAUGGGCAAUUAAGUGCAUUUGUAUUUGUACAAAAACUAAACUAUAUAUAUAUGGUGGUGACUUGGGUGUUGUUCCACAGUUUUA